CUUCUCCGGGACGCGCUGCCUGCGCGAGCGAAGGGAAGAAGAAGAGGGGAAAGUUGCGGCUGCGCUUCCCUCCAGUCGAGCGGGGAGUGGCGGCCAGGCGGCAACAUGGACGACCUCGACGCAUUGUUAGCAGACCUGGAAUCCACUACCUCUCACAUCUCCAAGCGACCAGUCUUCCUGUCAGAGGAAACAUCUUACUCGUAUCCAACUGGAAAUCAUACGUACCAGGAAAUCACUAUACCUCCUCCAGUGCCACCCCCUCCUUCUAAUGAGGCCUUGAAUGGGACUGUAAGUGAACCUUUAGACCAGUGGCAGCUCAGCAUCCCCAGAAAUAUUCACCAGCAGCCACAGUCCCAGUCUCCUGUGUGCAGCUCCAGCAGUUCAGUGUCCAGAGAGUGUGCCAUCUCUCCUUCACGUGUAAGCGAAGAGGAGCACGUCUACAGUUUCCCCAACAAGCAGAAGUCUGCAGAACCAUCUCCCACCCUGAUGAGCUCUUCGCUAGGCAAUAACCUGUCAGAACUGGACCGACUGCUACUGGAACUGAAUGCCGUUCAGCACAACCCUCCCAGCGGCUAUGCACCAGAUGAAGCCACUAGGAGCCCUUCAUUGCCUGGUGGGACUGGAUCUCACUACGGUGUCCCAGAGAACACUACCUCUUUGAACACACAAUCAGCAACCCCACCGAAGGAGAAGCCCAAGUGGAAUGGAGGGCACGGCAUUGAGGACGUGUGCCCUAGUGUGGAGAGCCUUUUGGAUGAACUGGAAAGCUCUGUGCCCAGUCCAGUUCCAGCUAUCACUGUGAAUCAGGGUGAGAUGAGCAGCCCCCAGCGGGUCACCUCCAGCCAGCAACAGACUCGCAUAUCUGCCUCAUCAGCCACAAGAGAACUGGAUGAGCUGAUGGCUUCACUUUCUGACUUCAAGUUCAUGUCCCAAGGGAAAGGUGGGAACAACUACCCAUCCACGACUUCUCCAAAGCCUGGCAGCCAGUUGGAUAGCAUGCUCGGAAGCCUCCAGUCAGACUUGCAUAAACUCGGGGUAGCAACGGUUGCCAAAGGUGUCUGUGGAGCCUGCAAGAAGCCAAUUGCUGGACAGGUUGUCACGGCGAUGGGGAAGACUUGGCACCCUGAACACUUUGUCUGCACCCACUGCCAGGAGGAGAUAGGAUCGCGUAACUUCUUUGAGCGUGACGGCCAGCCCUACUGCGAGAAGGACUAUCACAACCUCUUCUCUCCGCGCUGCUACUACUGCAACGGUCCUAUCCUGGAUAAAGUGGUGACGGCGCUGGAUAGGACAUGGCACCCUGAGCAUUUCUUCUGUGCCCAGUGCGGAGCAUUCUUUGGCCCAGAAGGUUUUCAUGAGAAGGACGGCAAGGCCUACUGUCGCAAGGAUUACUUUGAUAUGUUUGCUCCUAAGUGUGGAGGCUGUGCCCGGGCUAUCUUGGAAAACUAUAUCUCUGCCUUGAAUACCCUUUGGCACCCUGAAUGUUUUGUCUGUCGGGAAUGUUUUACUCCAUUCAUUAAUGGCAGCUUCUUUGAACACGACGGGCAGCCCUACUGCGAGGUGCAUUACCACGAGCGCCGCGGCUCACUGUGCUCCGGCUGCCAGAAGCCCAUCACAGGCCGUUGCAUCACUGCGAUGGCCAAGAAAUUUCACCCUGAGCACUUCGUCUGUGCCUUCUGUCUCAAGCAGCUCAACAAAGGAACCUUCAAGGAGCAGAACGACAAGCCCUACUGUCAGAACUGCUUCGUGAAACUCUUCUGCUAAGGCCAACAUUCAGCAUCGUUUUUGUUGCCUUUCCAGGAAACCUUGACUCUUUGGACAUUGCCACAAUUUGGCAACUUGUGGCCUUGGUGGGCUAAUCUAGGAGAAGAGGAGGGGUGUGUGUGUGUGUGUGUGUGUGUCAGGGUGGGGUGGGAUGGGAUGGGGCAGGAUGAGAUGCUCACCACUGCUCUGGAAAGGUGGUAAAUCCAGAGAAUGGAUCACAUUGGACCAUUCACUUAGAAGCUGUAUUUUAGCAAGGAGAUGCUGAGACUGCCAUUGAUGCACCAGAUGGACAGCUUAGCCAAGCCGAGGCGGUUUGAGUGGGAGGCUCUGUUUGGUUGUGGUGGUCGGUUGAUCAGUUGAUUGGUUGCAUUGGUAGCAAAGGUUCAGGCAGUCAAAUAAAAAUGGUUUGGGUUUCAGCUUGGGGGCAGUGGAAUUUAAUUCUCUUCCCCAAGAAUGCUAAAAUAGUCAGGAGGGCUGAGAACUCCAAUAUGGAUUCUACUUAGAAAUGGGGAAUGGGAAGGGCUGUAGCUCAGUGGUAGAGCAUCUGCUUUGCAUGCAGAAGGCCCCAGGUUCAGUCCCUGGCAUCUCUGGGUAGAGCUGGGAGAGACUCACUGUCCGAAACCAUAGAGAGCUGCUGCCAGUCAGUGUGGACAGUACUGAGCUUGAUAGACCAAUGGUCUGACUCAGUAUAAGGCAGGUUCCCAUUUUCCUAAGUUGCCUCUCCCAAGAACACUGUGAAGGGUCAAAAGAGAGCAGAGAGCGCAUCUUGUAGUUCCACAUGGCAAGGGCCACAUUGGCAGACACUGAUCUGUGCAAGACUCUUGGGACUGGGUGAGCAACUUCCU